AUGGAGAAUGUUCCCGAGUGCGAAAUCAUCUUUUUGAAUGAGCUGCACGAAAAGCUGAAGCGAAUCGACCCUCGCCUUGGCAGCAAUGCAGGACUCUACCGGAUUCUAGGGCGACUGAUCAAUUACGAUCUAGAGCGUCAAAUCGCUAAAGUCGAGUCCUGUUUCCACCACGAGUACACCUUGGAUCCGCCAACAAAACCGUCGACAGCGCACAAACCCGAGCACCCAUCCAAAGGCAGCGCCGCCUUCCAAAAUGGCACGAUCGAUUUAACACUGGACGACGACGACGAUGAUGACGAUGACGAUGAGAAGGACUCUGGGCGAUCACAGGACCGUCACGGCAGCUGUAUCGACCUCACUUUUACAACAGACGAGGAUUCCUCUGAGGACGAAGGGAUUGAAAAUGACUCCAGGGACAAAGGCAAGGGAACAGCAACAGCGGAUUACCAGCAAUGGAUACCCUCAGAGCCUUUGCAGCCCCAUCAGGAGCAGAAUUCUGGCGUCCGCGGGUUACGGGGACCGAGGAUUGUUCUCUGGAUCGACACACAAUUACUGGAUCCGUGGCGAUAUGAACCAGGAGCACUCUUUCAGUUCAUCGGAGAAGUCGUUUAUGAAGCCGGGCACUGGAUGCUGCAGGCUAGGACCUGUCGUAAUAUGGAAGGAUUGGACCUGUAUCGCUAUCGACAGUCGAUCCUCUUGAUGCGCAGACUGGUCGACCAAGAUCAUGCGCGACGACGAAAUCCAAAAUGA